AUGUACAUUCCACCUCUUUCUCUCGUCUGUAAGCUUGAAUAUGAUCAAGUAAAAUUCUCAGAUCCAGGUGCCAGUAUGAUCGGAAUGGCCAGUAUUAGCGCUCCAGCCUUUGAAAGCCAAGAAUUUCAAUCACGGGCUCCCAUUGAUCUCUGUUGCGUGAUUGAUAAGAGUGGAUCUAUGGAAGGAUCAAAAUUAGAACUCGUGAAAACCUCUCUCCGAUUCAUGAUUGAUCAAAUGAAACCUCAUGAUCGGAUUUGUAUUAUUGAAUUUGAUAGCCAUGUAAAUACUUGUUUGCAACUCACACAGAUGGAUAAGGCUGGAAAGACUUUGGCUCAACAUGCCGUUGCAUCCAUCAAGGCUGGUUCAUGUACGAAUAUUUCUGGUGCCUUGUUGGAAGCCUUUGAUAUCAUGUCCCAACGAUCACAAAAGGCAACCAUUUCCUCUAUUUUACUCUUUACGGAUGGUUUGCCAACAAAGGGAAUUAUGGCACAAGAGAAAUUGGUACAAAUGGUUGAGAAGUGUAUUGUAAAGAGUUCAAGUUCAUUAUUUACUUUUGGAUUUGGUGAAGAACAUUCAUCGAAUUGUUUGGUUGCGCUCAGUCAAUCGGGUGGAGGCUUGUAUUAUUAUAUUAAGAAAGAUGACGAAAUUCCUCAAGCAUUUUCAGAUUGUUUGGGAGGAUUGUUAACAGUGUUUGCUCAAAAUAUUGUAUUGAAAAUUCAAUGUACAGGAGAUAAUGGAGUCAUUUUGAAAGGAGCCAUUCUCAAUGAGGGAGGAUAUAAGCAGCAAGUUGUUGAACCUAACAAGGAAAUUCUUGUCAAGCUUGGUGAUAUUUAUGCAGAGGAACAACGUGAUAUAUUAUUUGAAAUGCAACUUCCAAUGUUGCGAUUUCCAAUUGAGAAACAAGAAUUGGUGACCGUCACUCUUGAAUAUUACAAUGUUGAGAAAGCAGACAAGGAGAGUCUGGUUUGCGAAACUUAUGUGUCAAGAAGUGAACAAACCAAGAAUAGUACUAUUGAAAACAAUUUUGCUCUUACACUUAUUGACAUUCAAAGAAAUAGAAUUGCUGCAGCCGAAGCCUUAAAGCAAGCUCGUCACUUUGCAGAUAACAAUGGUUUGGAAAAUGCCCGAAAUUUAUUAGGAAAUGUCAUUGGUCAAAUUCAAACAAGUCCUUCGAAUCAAGAAUCAUUUUGCCAAGCUCUCAUUCGCGACUUGAGAGAAUGUUUGGAAGAAAUGACAAGCCAUGAUCGAUAUCAACAAGUGGGCAGUAAGGUCGUGAAUGCCAUGUGGUGUGCCAACGUUCAGCAACGAAGCAAUAUCAGUUCUCGAACUUAUGAAACCAAAAGCAAAAAGUCAGUGAAAGCCAAAGCUGUCACAUUCAAAUAA